CGGUUCGAAGUUUCUUUUUUUCAUCUUCCAUCUAAAAUUUUUCUUAUUUAAGGGUGUUUUUGGUGAAGUGGUCGAUUUUAGAUGGGGUCGUGUGGGGAUUCAAAAAUCGUUCAGAGACGGUCAUUACCAAAUAUUGUUCCCUCGGUCUUUGCCGACUUGAUUCAUGGAACUGAGCCGCAAGAUAUGGACCUGCGCGACAGUAAUAACAAUCUAUGGCACCUCAAAAUAGAAAAAUUUAUUGAUGGUUGGUAUUUCACAGACGGUUGGGUGAAAUUUGUAGAAGAUAACAUGAUUCAAAGGGGUGAUGUGUUAUUCUAUCAAUCCUCUUCUAAAGGUGUGCUCGAUUUCAAAGUUAUGAGUUCCUCUGGUAGUAAAGAUGUCAGAAUCGAACAUCUCAAUGUUAAGACCACGAAAUUGCCAACUGUAAAAGUGGAAGUAAAGACUGAGGGUGUUGAGGCUGGUGAUGACAUUGCCGAGAAGCCUCCUAAAAAACGAGACACGGAAAAGGUGGUGGAUGUUGGGGUGGCCGGUACUAGCACGUGCGGAGUGAGGAAGAAGAAGCAGGAUUUCUAUGGAGAGGAGAUUUUCAAACCCGGGGGUAUGCGGCCGCCCUUGAACCCUUUCUUCGUGGUGGAUGUGAGGGAAAGGAGAGCGAAUGAGAUGUACUUCCCGAAAGAUGUGAUAAGAAACCACAAGAUCCAACUCCCUUACACUUUGUUGCUCGUGGAUCCGAAAGGGAGGAGGUUCGAGACGAAGCGCAGACCGUGGAAGGAUGGUAGAGUGAACUAUUGUGGAGGGUGGAAAGCCAUCUACCGAGCGAAUAUGUUGAAUGUAGGUGACAAGCUCAUCUGCGAGUUCAUCGGCAAUGGCCGUGGCAGAGGUGAUGUGCACCUCAAGGUAAGUUUAUUCCUUGCAAUAUAGGUAGCAAAAGGUAGGGAUGGUGAAACAAAGGACAAAAAACUGUACAAAUUUUUAGUUUUUUUUUUUGUGAAGUAAGAUUGUGUGCUGUAAUAGAAUUUAUGCUCAAUAGUAAUUUGUUGUGAUACAGAAACUCAAAUGAUGGAUCAAAUGCUGCACCAAAAUGUUGUGCAAGUGCGCAUCUUAUUAAUUUUAAAUUGAAUUUUGGUGGCAAA